GAAGAAUUUGAUUUGCGCUACAAGGGUAUGGUAUAUUUACUGGUUGAUUGGGGCAUGGGAGAUAUUGAACGUACUACGGCGCAACAUGUCCCCACGAAUUUGCAACAAAUCAAUUUCCACAACCAAACCAGUAACCAACAGCACCUGCAUCAGCAACAUUCGCAACAGCCCGAACAUCUGCUUCAGCAGUCGCGUUCUGUUCAAUACAACAAUGUUGCUCACCAGCUUGAACAACAGCGGCAAUUACAGCAUUAUGUGCAACACCCGCAAAUAUUUGAAAAAUCGUGUCCUGCAGGCCCGUUUCAUGUAACGAAAAAUGAGAAUCUCUCCACAUAUUUGAAGGAGGUGCAGCAUCAACAUCAAGCACAAUUUGAAACUCGACAAAGCAACGGUAAGCUUAUCAGCAGUGACUUUCAACAACAUCUAGUACGUAGUGGAAGUGAAUAUCAUCAUGAGCAGGAGCAGUAUCAUAAAACGCAGAACCUUAAUUACCAGCAGCACAACCCACACCAACAGCCAAACCAGCAACAUCAGGAUAGUGACGAAGAUGAGAUUGCCUUAUAUCCUCUCAAUAAUCAGGUUGGUGGUCAUACAAGGCUCCUGCUGCUAAAUCAGAGUACUGUAAUCAAGCCGCUUAACCUUCGGGAACUCGAAUUCUAUCAAAACAUUCCCAGUGAUAUACAACAGUUUGUUCCAAAGUACAGAGGUGUUAUGCAGGCAGCAACAAUGGGCGGUUCAAAGCUUGAGAAACGUUACUCACCUAGCUUCCGUGAUGAUUCAGUCCGAAAGACAGCUGCGUCAAAAAGAAAACGUGAAGAAGUGUUACGGAUGAAAAUACAUAAAAAUGGAAUACCAUCUGAAGUGUUAAAAAGUAUUGCACAACUAGACAACUCCAAUAAACAAUACUUUUUAAUGCUGGAGAAUAUAACAUCCGCGUACCGAAACCCCUGUAUUCUCGAUCUCAAGAUGGGCACCCGCCAACAUGGUGAUGAUGCUUCAGCUGAAAAACGUAGCAAGCAAAUGGCAAAAUGUGCAGCCAGUACAUCCGCAUCGCUCGGUGUCCGAUUAUGUGGCAUGCAAGUUUAUCAAGUGAACCUCGAUCACUACAUGAAGCGUGACAAGUAUUGGGGGCGAGAACUCACCGAGGAUGGUUUCAAAGUAGCUCUGCACAACUUUUUCUACAAUGGUUAUCGAUUAAGAAUGAAGGUCAUUGGAAAAGUGUUAGACAAGCUUGAGCAAUUACGACGUGUUAUAGAAAAACAGUCGAGCUAUCGCUUCUAUUCUUGCUCGCUACUUAUCGUUUACGAAGGUUUUGAAGAAUCAUCAGGAGUAGAGACUAGCGAAUGUCAUUUGCUUGAAGCUGAAACAAAUUCGUGUUGUUAUGAUGCAGACGCCUCAAAUAGUUCGAUUGAGCAAUUCCUGUUGACGUCUUCGAAUGAGGAAUCUCCAUCCAAUGUGUCCUCAUUCAUGAUUCACCAGCGAAAAGUCGCAUCAAUGACCAGCGGGAUGGCAGCAAUGGGAGCAGCUUCCCAGGUUGUAAUGAGCACCCCCACCACAACUGCAGCCAAGAGUACGACGGCAACGUCAAUCGUUGGCUCUCGAGACGAAGAUAGCACUAGUAGGACUGUCUUUCCAGAACAUCACUUCCGUAGCGUUAUAACCGAUGAUGAUAACAACCGGCAACCACAACUCGAUGAUAAAAAUUGUUCACGACGUCCCAGCAUUUCUGAUUCAAAAGUUAUUCCAUUUGUGCCCAUAUCCGAAGAAACUGUCUAUCCCGGAGGUUCAGCUGAGGAUUGCUCAUCGUCGCCGAGUGUUGCAAUUCCAAUGCCAACCGGUAUCGCAUGUGUGUCACAAACCCUCACCAGUUCCAGUCCACAUUCGAUGGACUCAUGGAUGAAUUACAGCAGCAAUAGCAACAGCAGUAGCGAUGACUACGCCCCGCCGUUUGUGGUAUCGAGUCAUCUGCAAAGCUCUUCUGCUGCUCAGGCAGAAGCUUACUUCGGAAGUGAAUCCGAGUGCGAUCGAGUUGAAAGAAGAGACCACCGAGUGGUUCUCUCCGAUGACGUGGGGUUCAAUACCAGCACCAGUAUUAAGUUUGGUCACAAUAAACUUGUAGAGCAAAGCUACAACAUCAGUAACAACAACAACAGUACCGCUAAUAACGAUACGGGGAUAGAGUUGACUGGAGAUAGCAAAAACAAUUUGGAACUAGGCGGCGGUGCCUUUCAGGAAGGGCAGCAUGACAUCUCCGAUGCCGGAUAUCACGAAGACGAAGAGGUAGACGAUGAUGAUGAAGAAGAGGGCGAAGUAGAUGAUGAAGAGGAACAUCAACUGUUGAUGCGACAAAAAUUACCAACCGGCAGCAGUUCCAAACGACUGCGUAGCAAGGACAGUUGUGGCAGCAGUGGUGCCAGCGGCAACAACAUUGCAAACAACAGCAAUAGAACCGGUGACAGUAAUUUCCUGUUACCACUGCGAAGGAAACUCAGCUCAAAGUCGAAAUCUGGUUUACUGGGCGCAUGCGCAGGAAAUAUAGCGAGUGGCAUUUCCACUGGGAGUAUCUUAGCCGACGUGCGAAUGAUAGACUUUGCGCACACGACGUUUGAGAUUAAAAAUGGUGGCCCAUCGUUAUGUAGCAAUACAAAUGCUAAGGUACAUCAUGGUCCAGAUGGCGGAUUCCUUCGUGGACUCGACAGCCUUAAGCGUAUUCUUACGGAAAUAUGCGGAGAAAAUUUGUGAAACGUGCUAAAGGCGACAAAAUAACUCACAUCAGAAUAUCGUCGAGCAUGGUGCAAGAUUUACUUGGUGGGAUUGUUUAUAUAUAAAGUAAAAAAAACGGCUAAGCCUAAACCAUGGCCAUGCUCAAACACGUGCAAUUCACUAUGUGCAAACUCUAGAAACAUUAGUUAUUUAAUUUGACGCGUCGUUCAUCGCGAUUCCCGCGCUCGUAGCAAUGUGAUGUUUUAGUUGAUCCUCUGGUUUUGUCUUAUAAUUUUUACAUUUUUUUUUAUAAAUCCAAAAAGUGGCAAAAACUUUAUUGGGGAUUUUUGCUAUCUACCAUUAGGGUAACUACUAUUACAACUGUGUUGAUCUGUUGUGUAUAAACAUUCAUUUGUUUUAUGCCUCUAAAAGCGCUACCGUUUACAACUUGUUUCGGGAUCCUUCUUGGAACUGUACUCUGAUGCAUAGGCGGAUAUUUUAAAAAAGAUCAGUAUCUCAACAUCUACGUCAAGAAGACAGCAGCAGCAGUA